AUGGCGGCGCUGUGUCGGACCCGUGCCGUAACUGCCGAGAGCCAUCUCCUGCGAGUGUUUCUCUUCUCUCGGUCCUGUCGAGGCGCAGGCACUGAGAGUAGCUCCGGGAGUGAGAGUUCCGAUUCCACAGAGCCUAAAAUGCGCCAAGGCGGCUUCGCGAGCGCUUUGGAGCGGCAUUCGAAGCUGUCCCGGAAGGCGGAGCUCGGGCAGAAGACCGGCUCUCCAAAAAAUGUGGAAUCUUUUGCAUCUAUGCUGAGACAUUCUCCUCUUACACAGAUGGGACCUGCCAAGGAUAAACUCAUCAUUGGACGAAUCUUCCAUAUUGUAGAGAAUGAUCUUUAUAUAGAUUUUGGUGGCAAGUUUCAUUGUGUAUGUAGAAGACCAGAAGUGGAUGGAGAGAAAUACCAGAAGGGAACCAGAGUCCGACUGCGGCUAUUAGAUCUUGAACUUACAUCUAGAUUCCUGGGAGCGACUGCAGAUACAACUAUACUAGAAGCGGAUGCAAUUCUCUUAGGAGUCCAGGAGAGUAAAGACGCAAAAUCAAAAGAGGAACCUCGUGAAUAAGAAACAAACUUUGCUUAGUGCAUUCACUCCUUUUUUGUUAAACCCAGAUACUCAUCAAGAAUGCAAUUAGAAAAUUGUGAAUAAAUGAUUGAAAGAAGACAUAAUAAAUGAAAGCUAUAAUUAUAGCUCUUAUUCGUUAGAAUUUUCUUUAGCUGUUUCUCCCCUCCUCCCCUCCCUUUUACACCGAUUCUUUCCUUUGAUUGGGGUAAUAUAAACUAUUCUAAGAAAUUCUGUCAUUCAAUAAAUAUGUUUUGAGUGCUUGCUAUGUGCAUGGCACUAUUCAAAACAGCAGUAAACCGAUUAGACAAGAUUGCUUGCUUUGUGGAGUUUCCCUUGGACUUUAGGGAAACAGAAAAUAAAUGGGUAAAAUAUAUAGUGUGUUAGACAGUGAUAUGUGCUAAGGACAAAAUACAGCAGGGAAGGGAGAGGACCUGAAUCGACAUUCUUC